ACCCAAAAUACUCAAUUUUGAUCAUCACAAACAGCAAACAUGCUCUUAUUCUUCAUAGUUGUGUAUCUGUCAUACCUUCCAUUCUCGCAGGCAGCAACCACUAAUGUCACCACAACGACCAACAAUAAUAACAUUGCAAUUCCUGGUUGCCCAAGUAAAUGUGGCCACCUCACUGUACCAUACCCCUUCGGCAUCGGAUCUAACUCAGGUUGUUCACUUGGCCCUUGGUAUGACAUCACCUGCAACACAUCCUUCAAUCCCCCCAGAGCCUUUCUGCCGGCCAUUCUAUUUUCGUACACCGGAGACAACAAUUUUCAUCAGGUUGAGGUGGUAGAUAUCUCUGAUGAGCAUGUGAGAGUAAAAAACACGGUUGCUACCAAGUGCUACAGUCAAAUUGGUGAGACUAUUUAUCAAAGCUCUUCCGGCCUUGUGGUGGCGGAAUCUUGCUUCACCUUGUCGGAAUUGAAUAAACUGAUAGUUGUUGGGUGCGACGACUUUUCGCUCGUAUCUCCGGUGGGGGCGAUCGAAGGCAAGAAUUUCAGCUACGGAUGUGUUACGAUAUGCUCUAGCGUUCAAGAUGUUCUCGUUGGUUCAUGUGCAGGUAUGGGGUGUUGCGCAACGAGCUUGCCCACAGGUUUAACAACUUACCUUGCGAAUGUACGCACACUCAAAAACCACACCGAAAUAUGGUCUUUCAACAAAUGUGGCUACACUUUCCUUGGUGAGGAAAGUGCAUUUACGUUUCGGGGUGCUUCUGAUUUCACAGAUCCUGACUUUGUCGCUCGAACAAUCGAGACUGUUCCGUUGGUGCUUAAUUGGGUGAUUGGCAGUAGGAGUUGUGAUGCGUAUAAAAAUACGAGCGAUUAUCAUUGUCAACAGAAUAGUGUUUGUGUCGAUUUUGGGAGCGGCAACGGAGGUUAUAGGUGCUCAUGUAACAAUGGGUAUCAAGGCAAUCCCUAUCUUUAUCCUGGUUGCUAUGACAUUGACGAGUGUGCAGAUGAUAUGAAGAAUCCAUGUAAUGGAAGUUGCAGUAAUCUUCCAGGCAGUUUCAAUUGUUCGUGCCCUCAUGGCUACGAAGGAGAUGGGAGAAAGGAUGGGAAUGGUUGUAGGGCCACCAAUUCGAAAUCUCCAGCCCUUAAGUUGUCUCUUGGAAUGGGGUUCGGAUUCUUGUCUCUACUGAUCGGAAUGGGAUUCUUGUAUUUCAGCCACCAGAGAAGAAAGGUUAUCAAAUUGAGGGAGAAGUUCUUCCUAAAAAAUGGUGGCUUGUUGCUGAAACAACAAAUUGAUUCGAAUGAGGGUGGCGGUGUCAAUCAGUCGACAAAAAUUUUCACCACUGACGAGCUAAGAAAAGCAACAAAAAACUUCUCUGUAGAUAGGAUCCUUGGUCGUGGUGGCUAUGGGAUAGUGUAUAAAGGGAUCUUACCUGAUGGAAGUAUUGUUGCCAUAAAGAAGUCACGAAUGAUGGAUGAGACUCAGAUCGACCAAUUUAUCAAUGAAGUUGUCAUUCUUUCACAAAUUAACCAUCGAAAUGUUGUGAAGCUCUUAGGUUGUUGCUUGGAGAGUGAAGUUCCAUUACUUGUCUAUGAAUGUGUUUCCAAUGGCACUCUCUUCCAUCAUAUCCACACUGAUAGUGGAGUGUCUUGGUUAUCUUUGGAUAAUCGUUUAAGGAUAGCCGUUGAGUCCGCUGGUGCGCUUGCUUACCUCCACUUUGCAGCUCAAAAGCCCAUCAUCCAUCGAGAUGUCAAAUCUGCCAACAUACUAUUAGAUGAAAACUUGGUCACAAAAAUUUCGGACUUUGGAGCUUCAAGGUUGAUACCCUUGAAUCAAACGCAAGUGACAACAUUAGUUCAAGGGACAUUAGGAUAUCUAGAUCCUGAAUACUUUCACACGAGCCAACUAACAGAUAAAAGUGAUGUUUAUAGCUUUGGAGUUGUGCUUCUAGAGCUUCUAACAGGAAAGAAGCCGCUUUGCAUGGAACGAAGUCAAGAGGAAAGAAACAUAGCGACCUAUUUUCUUGUUUCUUUGAGAACGAAUAACUUACUUCAAAUUCUUGACCCUCGAGUGGUUAGAGAGGGUUCGCUCGACCAACUCCAAGAAAUAGCGUCGCUAGUGAAGCGCUGCCUCAGCAUGAAUGGAUACGACAGACCAACAAUGAAGGAAGUGGCUAUGGAGUUAGAAAGCUUAAGGAAAUUCACGAAGCAGCCAUGGGUUAAUCAACAUGGUAACGAAGAUGGUUUGAGCCGAAUGAGCGAGGGCGAACAAUCUGACCUCUAUAAUGUCUCAUUAUCAAAUCUCAAUUGGUCAGAUCAAAUAGCUUUGUUGUACCCUGUCGAUGAACCUAGAUGA